GUUUCGGCUUUAGUACUGAAAUAAUUUGAUUUAAAGCUAAAUGUUUUGAUAGACUGACUGAUGUUAAUAGCAAUCAAUUCAUUGCAUUGCAGUUAGUAUUGCAUUGAAUCUCAUAUUUAGUUAAAUCUCGAAAUGUUUCAAAUAUUUAUAUUAUUUAAAGUAUUUAUUAAUAAAUAUAUUUGUUAUUUGGGGUAAAUUAUAAUUGUUAUUAUAAUUGUUAUUAUAAUUGUUAUUAUAAUUGUUAUUAUAAUUGUUAUAAUCAUUAAAUGUUUGAAAGUGACAACAGUUUGAAUAUAAAUUAGUUAUAACUCUCUCUCUCUCUCUCUCUCUCUCUCUUUAUAAGUCAUGUUAUAUGAGUCUAAUAGCAAUGUUGUUUGUGAUGAUAGCCGGAGGCAAUCCUCCAGUUUGAGGCCGAAGAGUGGGCUGAGUCUUGAAGAGAGCCAACAAAUGGCACAACAACUGAAUUUGAAGCAAAAGCCAAGACGUGUUUCUCUCACAACAACAUCUGGUCUGACACUAGAUUUGCCACAUUUGGCAUCAUUUGAGUCGACACACAAACAACAACAGCCAUCACUGCAAACACUUUCACGUCCGCACUCAUCGCUCUCUACUCUGACCACUCAAUCAGCUGUUUGCGAGUCGUUGACCACAUCUUUAGUGACCAGAAAGUCAUCCCGUAGUGAGGCUCACGUCUAUAAUCAGUGCAAUACAACUAACUCAACAACUUUUUGUGCAAAUAAUAUAAUUAGCAAUAAUUGUAAUAAUAGUGUAUUAAAUAGUGGUUUCAGUGGUUGCUCUGGAGUGGCGUCCAUAGCAAUGCUGCCAUCAUUUGCUUAUGACAACAAUCUAGUUAUGCCGCGAUCAUCACUGGCCAACAUCGAUGUGACUGCGAUGUCCGGUCGUAUGAGCCGACGGUCAAGUAAAGUAUCUCAGGACACGUUGAUGUGCUCUCAACAGUCGAUACUGUCAGCGAUGGACCGAUUUGUUAAAGCCGUGAAUAAUAUGGAUUCAACUGUUUUGGUUCCGUCAAAAUUGCGUGAUAUGGAUAUGGCCUCAUCGGCUAAAACGAAUCGAUGUCCUCCUAUUCCUCCAACUUUGGCCAAUACAGACCUUCACUCGUUUUAUUUAAUGCUCAACGACGUCAAGAAAGAGUUAUUAUGGGGACCGGCAUCUCAACACAACACUAAUUUAAUGGCAUUUAAUGGGCGAACCUCUCCUCGAGAUCUGAAGCACGUUCGACAACCAUCUGAUGACAGUUUGGGAAGUCUUGGUUCAACAGUGGGAUCGAGUUCUUCAGAUCAGGACACUGAUAGUGAGGCCGAUAGUUUGAUGACCGAUAGGGAUAGUAUUGAUGAACACACCUCCCACUUGGCCGCUGCCUUUCGGCAUCACUUACAGGGGUUGCAUACAAUUCUUCAUCAAUUAGCCGAUUCGGCUGAUUAUCUGUCUUCCAGAUAUCAAGAAGACAUUGACGCGUCAUCUCUAUAAUCACUUGAACAUCGACUCACUUAUCAUUUGAUUUUUUUUCAUAAUUAUUUCAAUUUAAUGUAUUUUUAAAACUUGUUUUAUUGAUAUUAUCGUCAAAUUCACUAUAAAUGGCAUUCAUUUUAUUUUUAAAAAAUGUUAAAAUUGAAAACUGAGUUAAAAUGUGAUAAUGUACUGUAUAUUAUUAAUAUUGAUCACAAAUACCAAUUAAUGUAAAUGCUUUAUUUAUUUAUUAAUUAUAUUAUAAAAUUAA